AUGUCCGUCAUGCGCCAUGGAGGAAGCGGCUUCCUCCAGCGCCGCCUUACGAAGCUAUAUACCGAUACGAAAACCUCAUGCGAAAGUGUGACGACCGCCUCCAAGGCUCUCGACGAUCCGGAGCUGGUGGCGCUACACCAGAGCUUCCAGAAACAGCGGGACCGAUUGCUAUCGUGGGGUCUAGAUUGGAGCGAUGCGAGCGCCGCCCAGCCGAACGAUAUUGACGAGUCUUUGACCGCGGCCGGUUUCAGCGAUGUUGUGGAAAGUGUUAUGUCCACUAUCCAAGAUUUGUUGAAUGAUGCCGAGCGUGUCCAGCAUAUUGAUGCGCCUAUGCCGUCCAAAGAGCGCAAGCUCGAUCUGCCCUCGAAGGAUACUCUGGGGAGCCGGCCUCUCAAGACACAAUGGACGGACGAUGAUAUCAGUCGAUCGAAGACUAUAUUGAGCGACUUGACGGCAUGUAUCGAUACUCUAUAUGACCUGUCCACUUCGCGCCGGACGAUGGCGUCCAGCAUGUCGAGCAAGCAUAGCAUGGCCGGCCGCCGAUCCAAAACCCACCCUCUUCCCUCCCACGAGAAAUCUUAUGGCUCCUUCUCCGCUUCAAAGGGGAAGAUUCACAGCCCAAAGCAAAUGUACGAACCUUUCACCUAUUCUCCCACGACCCCGAAACACGAUUAUAAUCACCAUCUCGUCAUCGAGCGAUCCGCCCUGCAACUAUACGGAGCGACCCACGAUAACAGCCCUCCACCAUAUGAGCCAAUUGCAGCUUCAUCAAACUCCCGUGUAGUGGGCCGCCUGAAGACAUCGGCAUGCUCGCUACUCAUGGGCUCCGUUAAGGAUUCACAUGUCUCGGUGUUGGUCGAGUUCAUGCCUAUGAUCGUGGAGUCCCAGGCGAACUCAAAGAGCUCACGACUGGAGAAGCUCCAGAACUCGCUGGACCAGUUACUCCAGAAUGCCAGAGUCGGCCACUUGGGCCUUCUGAGAUUCCUGGGUUACUGUGUCGAUGACCCUAAUGCCCGUUACGCCUUCUUAUACCAAAUGCCCGUCGAUUAUUUCCCUUUCCUCCAAAACCCCAGCGACCUGUUGAAAGAACUCAAGCCUAUACCUCUGGUUGCCCUACUUCCCUCGGCUGAGGACUACCGCGAGAAGCGGAUGCCUAAUCUGGAAACGCGUUUCCGGCUAGCCUACGACCUCAUGAUGUCUGUCUUGCACUUGAGAAGCCAGAAUGCCGUGCAUGGCAACAUCAACAGCAGCAAUGUCAUCUUCUUCCCUGGCCGAACCGAUGCUAGUAACGACGAGCGGGGCCUUGCCCCGGACAUGCGCCGCCCUUACUUGACUUCGCCAGCGCGCUUUUCUGGUGACGGACCUACCCCAGAGCCACUGUCUACAGCGAUGUAUCGGCAUCCCGAUGACAAGAGAUCCGUCGAAGAUGAAGCUGCCUGGGCUUAUGAUCUUUACUCGCUCGGUCUGGUCCUGCUGGAGAUCGGUCUGUGGGCUCCCAUUGGCCGCCUCUGGAAGAUGAAGUAUGAUCGCAACUGGUUCAAGCAUCGCGUCGAGGAUCUCUACGUGAAGAAGCUUGGACCAAAGUGUGGUACUGCAUAUCUCCAGGUUGUUCAGCUCUGCCUCGACGCUCCUAACUUCCACCUCUCGACCCAACCCAUGACCGACCUGAACCUCCGUGUGCCUCAGAUCUACCACUAUCCCGUUCUGGAUCUGUCCGACCCCGACGGGACAUUCUCUUUCUCGAUGAACUUCCUCUAUACCAUCUGCAAAGUUCUUUGGUCAUGUACCCGGAUUGAUAUCUUCUCGGCACCACCAGCCGAAGAACUGGACGAUAGCCUGCCCCUGGCACUUGUCCCAACCCCUGAACCGACCCCUGCCGAAGAGAUCGCCAAUCCCUAUACACUGACUCGUGAGCCGAUGAACUUGGACAAGCAGUUGCCGAGCACCCCGAAUGACCAAUGGGGCAUCGUUCCCGAGGAAAGAAGCUUGGAUAAGCCGGCCAAGAAACGGACUCUCAAGCGUCUCCCUCACCUCGAUAUCCCCGAUGAACAUCUCCAAGAAUGGAACUUCCAGAUGAUGCCCCGCCUCAGCCGCCUUCUACAGAAGAUUUUCAAAGAGUCCGACGAGUCUUGCAGUGCCAAUCUCAUGAUGACCGGCGAGUCUCCCGAGACCGCGAAAACCACAAUCUGCGUGACAUGUGCUAGCGUCAAGAAAGUUCGAUCGGCUUUGAAGAAGCACUUCCCUCUGGACCGUGACGACUGGGACCUCAUCGUCAUUCGCGGUGAUAUUGAGCGAUCGAAAGUCCCCCGAAACAAACGUCGCAGGCCUGCCAAGACUCGCCCAAACGGAUCGAACGAGACUCCUUUUCGUCAGCGUGAAUUGAACCCAUGCUAUCAACAGCGGCCUCUCUGCGGCGCAUCAAUCGGGGCCUUUCAGAACGAAGAACACCUACCUCCCGUCUCAUACGGUGGUGCCGUGCUCGUUGACGGCCAGCCGUACGGUCUGACCGUUCACCAUAUGCUCGAGGCGCCAAGUGAUGAUGAGGGCUCCGGAGAUGAUGAGCCCGAGGCGCCCUUGCGCUCUACGGGAAACUGGCCUCGGGACACUUCUCGAGAUGCCUCCAGCGUUUCCAAUCAGGAUUUCAUGUACUCGUGGCGCGAGGAUGAACCGUCCGAAGCAAAUCUCGACCUUGAAAUAUCGGAUUUGGAAGACGAUGAUGCAUCAUUCUCCCAAGGUGCCGAUGGCGGUAUCGACGAAUAUUGGUUGUCGGAGGAUGAAUCUUCGGAUGAGGAAUCUAUCGAGGGUGUCGAUGACGACGAUGACGAUGCUGCCUCGGUCGGCGAUACUGCUGGUAUCGAGCCGGGGGAAGAGCCGCGGCUGCUCGUCACGCAGCCAGCCAUUGAUGAUGUUCACGAGGACUUCUUUCCGUCCCCCGAAGACCGUGACGACGAACAUCUCGCUUCACACUCCCUUGGCUACGUCCACGCCUCCUCGGGUGUGAGGCGCUGGACGCGCAAGGGAAUCAAGCACGAGAUUGACUGGGCUCUCAUUAAAGUCGAUGAAAAUCGAAUGGAUCCUCGCAAUAUCAUCGUCGACACUACAACAACCCUCCCGGGUCGACCAGGGUAUGGACGGGGCCAACCGCAACCCAUUUUUCUCAACCAAGUCGCUCGUAUGGAGGAACUAGGUGGCUUGUUUGUGCACUGCUGUGGCCGCACCAGCGGACUACAGACGGGGCAGAUAUCCAAAGCGAUGACGUUGGUCAAGCUGCAUGGCCGACACUCUUUUUCAACGAGUUUUUGUGUCAACGGGAACUUUGGAGCCCCCGGUGACUCCGGCGCAUGGGUUUUCGAUAGAUCAACCGGCCGUGUCUGCGGCCACGUCCUCGCCUGGUCCGCCCGCUCCAACACAACAUACAUCUCCCCGAUGGAGGUCACCUUCGAAGACAUCGCCCGUACCCUCAACGCCUCCCUCGUCUCUCUCCCCGGCGACCCAUCCCGGGGCAUGGGCUACGUCGGCCUACCCUCUCCCCCUCAUCCCGGCGGAUACCGGUACCAGACCCAACAGCUACCAGGCGAUUUCAACCGUCUAGCUGUUGGAGGUAUCCCCCAAGGCCCGCCCGCUGUCCCUCCACAUCCCCUCGCCCACCCACAUGCUCAGCGCCAUGGAGGCGGCUUCAUGCGUCCUCCACCUCCACCUCCUCCGCCGCCUCGUCCGGGAUCCCAGGAACCACAUGUGUUUCGGGGCGUGAGUCCUAUCCCGCCGUCGUUGUUGACUGGAUCGAGGAAUAUUGAGAGGCAACUUGCGUAA